AGCCAGUAACCGCAUGGUCUGUUUAAAAGUCAGCGUGCACUUGCAAGACCAGAGAGCUGUACGGGUCGCCAUGGAGCGAGCCACGAUCUUACUAACUGUCUUGGGAUCUUUACUUCUUUGUGUCUCGUCAUUGCCAGCCAAGAAGGGACGAGAUGUCGACAUCUACAGCUUCCACAUCAAUUCCACCGUGAACAGCCGCUACGCCGUCACAGUGAUCACCAGCCGUGUGGCCAACCGGCUCAAUGAGUCCAGAGAGGUUCAUUUCCAGGUCAAGAUACCAAAAAAUUCCUUCAUCAGCAAAUUCAGGAUGACCAUAGAGGGAAAGACGUACGAUGGAGUGGUGAAGAAGAAAGAAGAGGCGCAGCAGCAGUACAGUCAAGCAGUAUCUCGAGGAGAAAGUGCCGGGAUUGUCAGCUCAGUAGGACGGACUCUGGAAGAGUUUAAAACCUCAGUGACGGUGUCGGCUUUCAGUAAGGUGACCUUUGAACUCACUUACGAAGAGCUGCUAAAGCGACGCCUUGGCAAAUACGAGUUACGAAUCAACGCCCAGCCGACGCAGACUGUGGCGGAUUUCAAGAUUGACGUCUAUAUUAACGAGCAUCCAGGUAUUUCCUACCUGGAGGUUAAAGGAGGGCUGAACACUCAGGAGCUGUCCAGUGCUGUAAUCAGUACUCUGGCCGCGUCCACCAACGAGGCCUGGGUGAACUUUUACCCCACUCGUGAGCAGCAGACAAAGUGUGAAGGCUGUGGGAAAAAUGGACUAAACGGAGACCUGCUCGUUGAGUAUGACGUGAAGAGAUCGGAACAGAAUGGAGAACUGAAGGCAUUGAACGGCUAUUUUGUCCACUACUUUGCACCAACAGAUAUUCAGCAAAUCCCCAAAAAUGUGGUCUUUCUCAUCGACAAAAGCGGCUCUAUGCGUGGCAAGAAAAUUCAGCAGACUCAUUUGGCAAUGCUGAAGAUUUUGGGAGACCUGGCAGGAGAUGACUACUUUGGCCUGAUCACCUUCGACAGUUCUGUACACAUCUGGGAACCAGAACUCCUCCAAGCCACAGAGGCAAAUGUACAGGCGGCAAAGUCCUUCGUUAAAGAAAUCAAAGCUUCCGGAGGCACAAACAUCAAUCAAGCCAUGCUAGAUGGGGUGGAAAUGAUCCAAAACCAUCCGCGACAGGGCUCUGCCUCCAUCCUCAUCCUGCUGACUGAUGGAGACCCCACUUCAGGUGAAACAAACACAGCGAGAAUUCAGGAAAACAUCAAAGCGGCCAUCGGAGGUAAAUUUCCACUUUACUGCCUGGGGUUUGGUUUCGAUGUGAACUUUGAUUUCUUGGAGAAAAUGGCGCUGGAAAAUGAUGGAGUUGCUCGCAGGAUCUACGAGGACUCGGACGCUGACCUCCAGCUCCAGGGUUUCUAUGAGGAAGUGGCCACGCCGCUCUUAACCGACGUCCAACUGAACUACAUCGGAGCAGCGAAUCUCACCCAGACCAGCUUCAGGCAGUAUUAUAACGGCUCGGAGAUCGUGGUGUCUGGGCAAAUCACAGACAACAGCCUGGAGACUUUACAAACCGAGGUCAUCGCAAUCUCGAAAAACGCGAACGUGAAGUAUCAGGACUCCGUUUCGACUAAAGACCUCAUCGAUGUUUCACCACAACAUGAAAACUUCAUCCAGAGACUGUGGGCUUAUCUCACAGUGAAGCAGCUCCUGGAGAAAGAGGUGACGCUCAAAGGAGACGAGAAAGACGCAGCCAGGAAAAAAGCUCUGGAUCUCUCUCUCAAAUAUGAAUUUGUGACUUCACUCACCUCCAUGGUGGUCACUAAGCCGCAGGAACAGGAGACACAGGUGGCCCACAAACCCAAAGAAGGGGCGGGGCUAAACAAAAAGGCUUACAACAGAAUAGUCACGGGUCAUUCUGCGCGACGACCAGCAGUGAGCAGGGGCAUAACGGACAUCUCCGACCCAUCACACACCCUCCGGCUAUCUCUACCGCAUCCAGAUCUCAGACUUAGAACUCACAUCUACAGUAUAUCUGGCGGCCAUCUCGGUGGACCCCGGCGAGACACUCGACCGAGAGCGGGAGUUCUGUCAGAUAUCCACUACGACAUUGUUCCAACACUGAUUUACCAACUCCAAAAGACUCCCGCCGCUCUCGUUCCGGCAGCGACUAGUGUGAGGUUCGUGAUCUCAGCACAGCCGAAGCCAAUCUGUUACAACACACCUGUAGGCCAUAAACUCCGCCUCCUAUUGGACACCUCAUCAGACUUCUCUAUGAAUGGUGAACUCUCAGAGAAAGGCUUCCAGCAGAUUGCGGUACAUCACAAAACAGCAACGCUUCUCGUGAGCCCUACUGAAAGCGUCUACUCUAAUGGAGAGAUAAAUGUGAAGCUUAUUUGGGGGCAGUCGCAGGCCAACAGCCUGGAGUUAGACAGCGUGUCGAUAUUUCUGAGGGACAAUGAAUUAGACGUCGGCGUGGGAAACGUGCGUGUUGUUUUGAUCCUCCACAAGAAACACGGGGAGGUUUUUCUCUGGCCUUCUAUUCGACAACAGCCGAAGAAUGCUACACGUGGCGUUCUGGGAAAAACUGAUCUUCAGUACGAGGAGUUACCGGGAUCCAAGCUUAAAAUCGUGGACCAGGAAGUGUUGGCACAGUUGAGCUCUGCCGUCGACUACAGAUUUCCUGCAGCUCCAACUGUGGAGUGCUGGCUUGUACCGUUCCAGUCUGCCCUGCAGGGGGAGCUUUCUGACUUCACUGUCUCCCAGCUGUAGAGUCCUGUGAUAGACAUAUUAAACUUAAUUUCUAAUAACGAUCAUGUAUAAUGGAGAUGUUAAGGAUGCUCUGUUGAAAUGAGACCUCUACAGAUGACACGUAAUGAAAGUAUAAAGUGGAAACUUAAAAUAAAGCAGGUCUCUGCAGUGCUUCGA